AUGGCUGCAUUGCGCCUGCUUACGUUUAACAUUUGGUUCGCGGCGCACGAGAUGAAAUCUCGAAUGGAGGCAAUCGGAAAGAUCAUCGACCAGAAGAGUCCGGAUCUCAUUGCACUUCAGGAGAUGACAGCAGAGCAUUGGCAGGAGUGCUUGCAGAGCGAACCAUUCCGUCGCUACUUCUGGAGCCCAGCACCGCGGCAGCGAUACUUUACGAUGCUGGGAAGCCGGCUGCCGAUUAAACAGGAGCCAGUGAGGCAUCCAUUCAAGGCGAGCCGAAUGCAGCGAGACCUGCUGAUGCUAACUGUGGAGCCACCAGAGCUCCCGCCGCUGACGUUUGCAACAUCACAUUUGGAGUCCCUGGAUGAGCACAAGGCUCGUCGUGUGCAGAUAGACGAGAGCUUGUCGCACUUGGCAGACUACCAGGAUGCCGUGUUCUGUGGCGACACGAACAUCAAUGAAGCCAUCGACGGUAACGUCAAGCUUCCGGGAGAGUGGGAGGAUGCAUGGUUGGUCCUCAAGCCAGAUGAUCCAGGCUACACUUUCGACGUGGAGCGGAACCGCAUGGUGGCAGCCAGCGAUGGCUGGGCUCGAGCUAACAAAGCUCGCCUACGCUUCGAUCGAUUCUGGACGAAGAUGACCAACUAUGCAGCAACAGACAUAGAGCUCCUGGACGAGCCCAUCAAGGAGGAUCUCUGGCCAAGCGACCAUUUCGGACUGCUGCUGACUCUGCAGGAGUGGCGCCGGAAUCGCGGUGACUUGAAAUCGGACAGCUGCACCGCCGCAUAG